GGAUGAAUCCAUUGUAUAUCGAUAUUGUCCACUGGAUACAACUGCUGCGCCAUUAUUUCAUUAUUAUGAACAUAUGAAAAAUGGAACGUCGAUUAAUAUUGUUGAUUGUCGAAUCACAGCUAUUAUUCUUUGCACAUAUCUAAUAUUUAUUCUACAUAGUGAAUAUAUGUUAUUUUUAACCGAUCGCAAUUCAAUCUCAUGGCGUCUAUUGUACGACAUUUCCAAUAGAAAUUAUGAUAAUUACCUUAAAUCAAUAAUAAAGUUGAAAAAAAUUGAUUCAAUCCAUUCGGUGUAUCGAAUGAUAUUCCAUGAUAAUCAUAAAUAUCCAAUGAAUACUGAUGAUAAUGAUGAUGAUGAACGAUUCAAAAUGACAAUGAUGAUGAAGAUGAAUAAUGGACAGAAUUUUCUAAAUAAAUAUUUCAAUCAUCUUAUCAUGAAUGUUGAUUUACAGAAAUUUCAAAAAUCCAAAUUAAAUGUAUUCAAUUACUGUGGCGUUGAAACACGUAUCUAUCUUGUAUUUACAAUGAUUUUGUUACAUUUUAUUGAUGUUUUUCUCAUGAUUUUGGUUUAUAUGACAAUAACAAUUAGUAGUUGGAAAUAUUAUCAAUUUAUAUCGGCAAAUAUGGCUGAUUUAUGGCCAAUGGCCAUAUUUGAUUGCAUGUCCUAUAUAUAUUGUGGACAUAUUUUAGUCAGGAAUGCAUCACUUUAUUUUGAUUUUUCAUUCAUCAGUGUCGUAUUUUAUGCAUCGCAUAUGAACCAAUGGAAAGAAAAAUUUCAAAAAUUAUUUCAACUAAAACAAAAAUCAAAAAUCAAAACAAUUACUAAAUUAUGUUCAAAUUAUCAACAAACAAUAAAUUGGCAACGAUUCCAGCGACAACAUUGUCAUAUUAUCUAUUGUCUCAUGAAUAGUGGACGUAUUACAUGGAAUAUUGUAAUCUUUAUGGGCAUUCUGGCUAAUAUACCAUUGAAUAUUCUGUUCAUGUAUAAACUAAUAUUAGUACAAAAUUCAAUGAAUAAUCAAUUAAUGUAUAUUGGAUUCUUAAUAUUUCAAACAUUUGUAUUAUUAAGUGUA